AUGGCGGCGCCCCCUGCACCAGCCACCGAGGGGUCCCCGCAACCGGAGCCGCACGCCCCGGAGCCCGGCCCGGGGAGCGCCAGGCGAGGGCGAGAGGACAGCAGAGCCAGUCGCCUCUCAUUCUGUACGAAGGUGUGCUAUGGCAUUGGUGGGGUCCCCAACCAGAUAGCCUCUAGCGCCACAGCCUUUUACCUGCAGCUCUUCCUGCUUGAUAUAGCACAGAUCCCUGCUGCCCAGGUGUCACUUGUUCUGUUUGGGGGAAAAGUGUCUGGGGCAGCUGCUGACCCUGUGGCUGGGUUCUUCAUCAACAGGAGCCAGAGGACGGGGUCUGGACGGCUCAUGCCUUGGGUGCUGGGCUGCACCCCCUUCAUCGCCCUGGCCUACUUCUUCCUGUGGUUCCUGCCCCCCUUCACCAGUCUGCGAGGCCUCUGGUACACGACCUUCAACUGCCUGUUCCAGGGCCUGGCCACGUUCUUCCAGGUACCCUACACGGCACUCACCAUGCUGCUGACCCCCUGCCCAAGGGAGCGCGACUCGGCCACUGCCUACCGCAUGACUGUGGAGAUGGCGGGAACACUGAUGGGGGCCACUGUCCACGGGCUCAUCGUGUCUGGCGCCCACAAACACCACAGGUGCGAGGCCACUGUGACCCCGGGGCCAGUCACCGUCUCCCCCAAUGCAGCCCGUCUCUACUACAUUGCGGCCGCCGUGGUUGCGCUGACUUACCCCGUGUGCAGCAGUUUACUGUGCCUAGGGGUGAAGGAGCGGCCAGACCCCUCCACCCCAGCCUCAGGCCCAGGCUUGAGUUUCCUGGCUGGGCUGGGCCUCACUACCCGGCACCCACCCUACCUGAAGCUGGUGAUCUCCUUCCUGUUCAUCUCUGCUGCUGUUCAGGUGGAGCAGAGCUACCUGGUCCUGUUCUGUACACAUGCCUCCCAGCUACACGACCACGUCCAGGGCCUGGUGCUAACCGUCCUGGUCUCAGCCGUGCUGAGCACCCCGCUGUGGGAGUGGGUUCUCCAGCGCUUUGGGAAGAAGACGUCAGCCUUCGGGAUCUCUGCGAUGGUGCCCUUUGCGAUCUUGCUGGCUGCUGUGCCCACAGCACCUGUGGCUUAUGUCGUGGCCUUUGUAUCUGGCGUGAGCAUUGCUGUGUCCUUGCUGCUACCCUGGUCCAUGCUGCCAGACGUGGUGGAUGACUUUCAGCUGCAGCACCAUCACGGGCCAGGCCUGGAGACCAUCUUCUACUCCUCCUACGUCUUCUUCACCAAGCUGUCUGGUGCAUGUGCCCUGGGCAUCUCCACCCUCAGUCUGGAGUUCUCGGGGUACAAGGCAGGGGCCUGCAAACAGGCAGAGGAGGUAGUGGUCACCCUCAAGGUCCUCAUCGGUGCCGUGCCCACUUGCAUGAUCCUUGCUGGGCUCUGCAUCCUCAUGGUCGGCUCCACUCCAAAGACGCCCAGUCAGGACGCCUCCAGCCGGCUGAGCCUUCGGAGGAGGACCAGCUACAGCCUGGCGUAAAGCUUGAGAGGGUGACUGUGAAUGGACACAGGAGCCAGCACCCUUGGGGUCUGACAUCGCCCUCCUCCACCCUUCAGCACCCGGCCUGGCAGUUUAGCACUCGGUCUUUUUCCCUGGGAUGCGGAGUCUUUGGCAACAUGUCCUGAAGGGACUGGCCUGUGCUUCAGGACCCCACUUGGCAUUUCUUGUCUGUUGCCUUCAGACUAUCUCAGAUAGACCUGUAUCCCUGACUAGGCCAGUAGCACCUGCCUCUAGAAAAAGGAAGCUCCUGCCCAGCCUGGCUUGUGGACCCUGUGGGAGCCCCAGGCCCAACAACCUGCGUGGAUAGCAAAGCUCCCUGACAGAAGGACAGACACAAGGACUCCUGUUUGUCCCAGGGCUCCAGUGGACAUCUGCUGAGGACACAGAGAGGUGAGAGUCACCACGUGAAUGGGCAGAGUGUGGACAGGCAGACAUGCCCAAGAUGUAUGAUUAGGGAGACACAGACAGACCCAGGGAGGCCAACGGGCCCCAGGGAGAACGGGACAGCA